UGUGUGUGUUGUCGGUUUACUCGGUUGGUUCUGGUCCCCAUUAAAACCGAUGAGUUCUCGGAUCAGUGACAUAUAUCGGUCAGCAAUUAGAUUAUUAAAAUUUAACUGUGUGAGUUACUUGGGAGAACACUAAUAGCUGGAAAAGUGGACGUGACGCCAAACAGAGGGAGCUGAGGCACCAGCGCACCAGGAGCGGGUAUACUUGUGUUGAGCAUUACGAUACGAACAGGCAGGUUUCUUAUAAUAAUCCUGUGAUGUCGUCGUAUUACCGCCAGGAAUCUUACCAAAUCUCGAAUAGAAACUGGCACACAACUGCCUAACUAACCCGCCCCUUGCCUGAGCAGAUGGGAAGGAGUUAGCUCAGCUGUGUGGGGGGGAGCCCAAGCGGGAACCGGGCAAUCGAGGAGGUCCGAAAAUGGAGGAUGAAGAGGUUGCAGAGAGCUGGGAAGAAGCGGCGGACAGCGGGGAAAUAGAGAGAAGACUUGAGGCAAAAUUGAAAAUAAACCAGCAAGCAAAGAAGCCAAGUUCAAGUUCACCUGUGAGAACUGCAAUUGUAAUCCAGGAUGAAUCUCUUCCUGCAGCCCCGCCCCCACAAAUCAGAAUUUUAAAGCGUCCAUCAAAUAAUGGUACUGCGGGAAAUCCUUCAUCCUCGUCUCGACCUUCCCAACAAAUGAAAUCUUUGGCGCAACGUGAGGCAGAGUACGCAGAGGCUCGUCGUAGGAUUCUGGGUAGUGCUUCAUCAGAUGAUACACCUCAGGACAAUCCAUGCCAAGAGAGGCCAGCUCGAAUGACUGCACAGCCACCAUCCGAACCAGUUCGUCCCAACAAUCAUGUGAUCCGCCAGCCUACCGGGCCCGACGGUACCUCAGGCUUCCGACUUGGCAGAUAAACCUGAGCCACCUGCUAUUAAUGGGACAAGAGCAGUAAAAGGGGUGAGCGGUAUCAAGAGCAGAGUGGUGUGAACAUUGGGAAAAUGAAGAUAAACAAUGAAUGGUCCACCCUCACUCUAGCCAACUUACUGGCAUGGUCUUUGCCCUGCGCCCUUAUCUUUCCUUACGUGGAAUAACAGGAGGGGCUUGCCGAGAUUAGCCACAUCCACACCUAUAAAGGAGGCUUUUGUGGCUAGCAUCCCUAAACACUGUGAUACUUUGCUAUACCAUGAGGUGCCCUUUGAUUCUUAUGCGUCCACGGGCGAGUGCCAGAGUGUAAGGUGUCAGUCCCUUCCAGGUGAAUUACUAUAAGUAAGUCUGGAAACGGCCCUGGAUACCUGUAGGUGAAUGAGCUGGUCCUUCCGUGGGAAGUUGAACCGGUCAUGGCUGUGUGCCCUCCGGGAACGGGUUCAGAUGGUUAAGUAUUUGCGUUAAGGAACUAUGGUAUUACACACUGAACUGAAUGUCAACCUAUGUCAUCGCAGAUGACCAAAGCAGCAGUUCACAGUCUUACAAGGCGUUAUGGUUAUGGAGACUGGCCAAUGCUCACCCGGAUGAAAAUAUCCGAAAGUUUCAUUAUUCAAGCAAUAACAAACCCCCUCCCCUUGAUUUUGUUUGUAUACCCCAUUGUAUACUUUUUGUAUAAAUGGUCUUAUGUUUAGAAUACCGGUACUUUUAUUGGCAUCAUUUUUUUUUUUCGUUUGAGAAAUCUUUUUCAAGAAAUUCAAUGAACUAAAUCAUAUUACAGUUUAUUUAAAAAUAAGAAUUACCUCAUCAAAUAUCUUGCCUAACAAUCCAACACCUUGAUGAAUUGAAAGUGAUUGCAAAAAUGAGGUGCAUUUGUUUUGCUUGUUUGCUUGACCUGAAGCGCAUUUGUCCAUGUCAGACAAAGACAUUAGGAUGAUUGCUUGUAUAAGCAACCCAAAAAGGGGCAUAGGAUGUUUCAGCUAUCAUGUGCUACUGUUUCAGGAAAUCUGAUUUCUAGAUUAUAGUCAAAUUUAGCCAUCUGUUCCGUUUUUCUUUGGUUCUUUUGGUUCUCACAGCAUUUUUACACUGUCUGAUGUGCACAACUCUUAAAACAAGUUUGCAAAUCAUGAAAUUGAUAGAAUCAGCUAGCCAUUUAAAAGCAUUGUUUUUUUAAACAUUUGACCCAUCUCAGCCUUAAACCCAAAAUGACCAACAUUGAUGCGGUAUGGCUUCUGUUUAUUCAUCUGGUUCUCACUGCACUUACGAUUGUAGCAUAAGUUGUAAGCAAAUUGAUUAACCACACAAUUAUGUUCCUCAUUUCAAAUAUAUUUGUUUAAAAGAAGCAAUGAAAUUAAAUCAUGUUUGAAUACUUCCUCAAUAUAGCCAAAAACCACAGUUCCUAUUCUCUGUCGCAAACAUUUUCCGCUCUUAUUUGGCAGACAAUAAUUCAUAAUGAAAUUAUUAGACUCAAAUGAACACAACUUGAGGCUGUGACGUUAAACAUAAAUUUUACAGUGCCAAAAGGAAAUAUCAGACUUUAGAAAUAGUAAACCUGUACCCCACUUAAAACUCAGAUGCAGAGAUAGUUUUUCUUUUAUUCCCAUAAAUGACAAAUGGGAGAAAUCUUGAGUUUAUAUCUUUUUUUUAAUUUGAUUUUCUUUCUGUAUGGCGUGUGAAUGGAACAGCCUCUUUCUGUAUGCAUGAUUCUCAUGCAGCACUGGCAUAGAAAACUGGGGAAAAAGGUUCUAGCAUAUGCUACUAUAGCGCUAUUCCUAUUUUAAAACUCAGGGUAGCAUAUUCAUUCUGAAAACAGUAAUUCCUAAACUGUAAUUGGGAUGGGACUAUUUCACUGUGCUUCUUGCUCAGUGACGAUGUAAUUCAAUUUCUGAUGUUCAAUUAUAAUGCUACUAAGGGGAUUCCACAAAAAGACUAAUGAUUCGAGUUAAAAGUCAUGAUCACUCUACAACUGUCGUAAACAUUGUGCAACUAUUUGAUAUCAUUCAAUAAAGCUCAGAUUUAUUCUUUCACAGCAUUAGUAGAACGAGACUUGACGUCAUUUAGAAUCCUAAAAACGCUGAUGGAAAAAAUCCCUUUAAUAAACCUACUACACUAAU